CAAAGAAACCAAAUCUACAUAAGCUCAAUUAAAGUUGUGCAAUGGCAAUCUGUUUAGCUCAUUCGUUGUUCAUUUUAAGUUUAUCAGUUCUCACCCUUGUCAAUCCAACCCCAGUUUACUCCUUUGAUAAAUAUUUCUUCAUUUUUGGGGAUGGACUCUAUGAUCCAGGCAAUAAAAUAUUCUUAAAUCCUGAUGAGUAUCUUCCUUCUUUUCAUUCACCAUACGGCACCACCUUCUUUACUGGCCAUCCUACGGGAAGAUAUUCCGAUGGUCGCACAGUGGCUGAUUUUAUUGCUGAAAAGGAGGGAUUUCCUUUUCUAAUUCCUGCUCUCAACGGAAGUGAAGAUUUCACUUAUGGUGCCAAUUUCGCCAGUGAGGGUGCAACUGUUCUUGAUAGUAAGAAGGACGAAACUUCUCUGAACCUUACAAGCCAGGUUGAGCUUUUUAACUUCGUCAUAGACUUAUGGAAACUCUUAUAUAACGAAACUGAAGUGAAGAGGAGGGUGAAUAUGGCUGUUUACUUGAUUAGCAUAGGUGCACAAGAUUAUUUCGAUUCCGUAUACUUUAUAGGAAAUCAUACAAUUAUAGUGGACAAGGUGGUUGCAGGCAUAUUGGAUGCAAUCAAGGCUUUGUAUGCUAUUGGAGCAAGAAAAUUUGUAGUUCAGAACGUGGCACAAUUAGGUGGUCUCCCUUUUGUUAAACAAAAAUAUGGAAAAUUGAAUGAAACUUUAGCAAUAUAUGCAGAAGCACACAGAGAUGAACUAAAUCGUACACUUGUGGAACUAGGAGAAGAGUAUCCAGACCUCAAUUAUACAGUCUUUAAUGCAUAUGAUGCCAUCGGCUGCCUGAUUGAUGCACCUGAAGAUUACGGGUUCAAAAAUGGGAGCAGUGCUUGCUGUGGGAACUCGACAUAUCGUGGGGAAGCUUGUGGAGCUUUGGAAUAUGAAUAUUGUGUAUGUGGAAACAAGGCAGAGUAUGUAUUUUUUGAUGGCGUCCAUAACACAGAUGCUGCCAAUGAACUAUUAGCUGAAUGGAUGUGGAAUAAAACGAAAGGAUAUGUGCGACCUUACGGGGUUCACGACUUUUUUAAAUCCUCCUCUGAUAACUCCAACCUUCAGAUUCAGAUUCAGAUGCCUCGUACCCAAGCUGCUAGAGCUAGGCCCUUCAAAGUAUAUUAUUAAGUAGCUAGUUAUAUAUCAAGUAAGGCAUUCGUCAUAUAUUACUAUGGCGUAUCCACUAAAUAAAUAUGCAUCUCAUCAUCUCUGAUCUUGAACAUCCCAGGUGAUGUUAUUGCUGCAAAAUAAUAUAGGAUCUGAUGUCAUCUUCAAUAAAAUGCCUUGCUUCUUUUGUUUCUUAUAUAUA